AUGGUCAAAGCUGUUGUUCUUGGUGCUUCCGGUGGAAUCGGGCAGCCUCUGUCCCUCCUCCUCAAGGCUAGCCCCCUCAUUGACGAAUUGUCACUAUACGACGUCGUCAACACCCCUGGUGUUGCCGCCGAUCUCUCCCACAUCUCUUCCCCCGCACAAAUAACUGGAUAUCUCCCUGCCGAUGAUGGCCUCGAGAAGACUCUCACUGGUGCCGACAUCGUUGUUAUUCCUGCUGGAAUCCCCCGAAAGCCUGGAAUGACUCGCGAUGACCUCUUCAAGAUCAAUGCCGGAAUUGUCCGUGACCUUGUUACUGGCAUUGCCAAGUUCUGCCCCAAGGCUUUCAUUCUGAUUAUUUCCAACCCUGUCAACUCAACUGUGCCCAUUGCCGCAGAGAUCCUCAAGGCCCACAAGGUCUUUGACCCCUCCCGUCUCUUUGGUGUAACUACUCUUGAUGUUGUUCGUGCUUCAACCUUUACCGCCCAGAUCACUGGGGAGAAGGACUCGCGCAAGAUCGUGGUACCCGUCAUUGGUGGCCAUAGUGGAGAGACCAUUGUUCCUUUAUUGAGCUUGGCCAAACCUGCUUGCGACAUUCCCGCUGAUAAAUUGGAUGGACUUGUCCACCGUAUCCAGUUCGGAGGUGACGAGGUUGUUGCGGCCAAGAACGGUGGUGGUUCAGCCACCCUGUCCAUGGCGUUUGCUGGUUUCAGAUUCGCUGAGUCGGUGAUCAAGGCCCUCAAGGGCGAGAAGGGCAUUGUUGAACCCACUUUUGUCUACCUACCUGGUGUCUCUGGUGGUGAUGAAGUCAGCAAGUCCCUUGGUGGUGGCAUCGACUUCUUCGCUGUCCCUGUUGAGCUCGGACCCCAAGGUGCCGUCAAGGCGACAAACCCCAUCCCCACGAUCAACGACAACGAGAAGAAGCUUCUCGAGAUAGCGAUCAAGGGACUCAAGGGAAACAUUGAGAAGGGUGUCGAGUUCGCGAGAGCGGCUGAGCCUGCAAAAUAA